CAUAGUUCAAAAUGUCAACAUUCAGUGCACAUUUUGACAUUUGCAGCGUGAACAAGAUAAACAUCGAAGCGCUCCUUUAUUCAUCUAACGCAAAUAAGGCGAAUGACAAUGAAAAGAGUUCAAAUCAAUAAUAAUAAGAUACCGACCGAAUUUCGUGAUGCCAUGUUAUUAACAGUUGCACCCGAUAAGAGAUGUGUUGGGAUAAAAUUAUUUUCACAGUCAAAUGAAAAUGUGAUGCCAACACUCGACAACUAUAUCGAUCGAUCCGUUAAACGUGCCAUUGAAUUGAAAUCGUCCAUUGAAAAUGGACUUUGUGACGUUGAACAAAAUAAGCAAAUAGUUUUAAAUCCAUUCGCUUUGAUGCCAUUCAAAAACAAUCCAUCACAAUUCAAUGUGGCGGAGAAAAAUCGGCUAAUAGAAAACGAAAAUCGAUUAAUUGAUUUGGGCAGAAUACUGAUCCGGUCUAUGCAAAUUGGCAAAAGUGAUCUGCUCAAAUGUCAAAUCAUCUUGAGCGAGAUGUUCCAAUUAUCGAAAAAACGAAUAACGCCACUUAUGCUGAAAAAAAAUCCGGAAAUCGUCUACAAUGUUUUAAAAUUGUGUAAUUAUGCUGAUGUCAACAAGCCAAGUGAUAAAACGGACCGCUCGAAAUCAUGUUUGAGGACACGCAAAAAUGCAACCACCACAUUGAAUGGCUUUAAGACGGUUAUGGGCUUUAAUGGCACCAAUAGACAAUUUUUAAACUGGUUUAACGAGUCGGUAAAAUUAUUUCACGAACUCACAUCAAAAAUGAGCAAAAAUGAAAGACGACAAGUCAUAUUUGACCCAGAAAAUGUACUGGCCAACACAUAUUGACAUAACACCACAAAGGGGACAUCAAGUACAUCAUCAAUAGUUAUUAAGUUUAAUAGAAUGCAGCUUACAUGUUGCAAACAUAGUUAAAUUCAAUAUAUACUGACUAGUUGCAUGCUAAAGAUUAUAAAAGAUUUAUAUGAAACCGUAUUAGCAACUUGCAAAUAAGCUUGAGCAUGUAUUCUCUAGGAGAUAAAUUAGUUUCGGCGGUUGCUUCUCAAACAAUACGUAACAUCAGCGUUUAAAGUGAACAGUGAAAGGGCUUGACCAACAAAUGUUUGACUAAUCUAAAAAAAAAAGACUGAACUUUUCAUGUUUUGAACUCGGUAUUCAUGAAUGCUCUACAAAAUGUUCUGUAUCAUCUGUCUAUUUGAAAUGUUAGUGUUAUAGCAAAUUCACUCAUGCUGAAAACUCGCUCAUUCGGUUCGACCCUUACAUGAUAUUCAGCGUUAAAUGACAUGGACCGAGUUUGAUAUUUGUGAGUGAAUCAGAUCAAACGGUUGACCAAAUACUUUUAUAUUGCGUCAUUUGAUGUACUUUGAAUCAGAAACAUUUCAAAUUGACUACAUAACAGCACAUGCAUAUGUUACUGCUUUCUAAUUUGGCAGGCCAUGCACGAAUUACUUUUCGGAAUUGAGUUUUCCGAAAUCGCUUCAAUUGAUUGAAAUUGAGUUAACAGCUUCAUCAUCGAAAAUAAUAUAGAUGACUUACUUUUAUGCCAUAUCAAAAUUGUUUGACCAAUGUUUUUUUUAAGAAAAUGUGCAAAUCAUAUAUUCUUAUCGUUAGAUUUGCGUUGAAAUCCGUUUAUUAGAAAAUUCUAAUCGAUAGGAAUUGAAACAAAUUGUUUUCAUAUUACAAAAAUGCAAAAUGUUAAUUAGCUUAAUUAAUUGUAAAAACAUAAACUCAAAAUGCAUGCCAUGUUUAUGCGAGCAUAUUUUAAAAAUUGAAUUUUAUUCGGAAUUUUAUUACGGGUUUAAUAAUUUAUAGUUUU